UUUUUAUUGGUUUUUUAAUACAUUUACAUAUGCUCUCUUCUUCGUUCUCUUUUCACAAGAAGCUGGAGAAAUAAGGCAACAGCUUAGAACAUCAGUCAACCUGUCAGGCUGGACUUUGACACGUUGAGUUUCUGCAACAAGGACAAAAUGGGGGUUUGAAGUAAAGGAAGACUUCACGGUAGUAAAAACAAUUCUCAAAGUAAAUAUUGGAUUUAACUACAAUCUUGUCUGUUUACCCAUGGCAUCAUUUGUAUUGGAUUGUUUGUUCUGUUUACUCCCAUCCCUGCUACUGUUCCUGCUGUCACUGGUUCUCCGACAGUCCAGAGUUGGUUGUUGGAUGAGACAUGCUUUCAGGGCUGCAGGCUGGAGACUGUGGGUCAUAAUUUGUCUGAUCCUGGAGCUACCAGUACACAGAAAUGGAAGAGAAUGGAUCAAGGAAGUCAAAUCACCAGAGGCAGAUAUUUUGUCAGGGUCAGGUCAAACGUCAGAUGGAACCAUCCUCGUCUGUAAACCCACAGCACUGGCCAAAUAUCUCCUGCAGCACUGUGGCUCUCUGGCCAAGCCAAAGCUGGCUGCCUGGCCCAGGGGAGACCCCCACCUCCAGACCUUGUCCAGCCUGCUGUGUGGGCAACAUGGAGACACAAUACAGUUCAACAGAGACCACCUGUUAUUGAAAGAUGGAGGGAUCGUAGCUUUGGAUUGGGCUGUGGGGACAAGACUUGGUGACGGAGGUGCAAGGAGGAGGUGGGAGGGAAGGAAGGCGCUUGGCUGCUUUACCUCUACGCCUCCUGUUCUGCUCCUCAUUCCUCAGUCCUGGGGAGGGAUGACUCCCCAUUUAAGACUGCUGUGCCAUCAGGCCAUGCUGCAGGGCUUUUAUGUGGUGGUGUUUCACCAUCGAGGCACAGCGGGGUCCCCACUGACCACAACAAGACUGACAGAGUUUGGAGACCCAGCUGAUCUUGAACAGGCAGUGGUUUAUGUCCACAGCCGCCACCCGUCCUCUGUGCUGGUUGCUGUGAGUGAAGGUUCGGGUUCAGGGGUUCUGCUGUCCUACUUGGGGGAAUGUGGCUCAAGCACCUAUCUUACAGCUGCUGCAGCCAUUUCACCUGUCCUGUUGGGACAAAUGUGGUUUGAAACAGUCAUGCCUCCCAUUUAUCGCUGGGGGGCACUAUUUCACCGGAAACUGCAGCUCAGUAGAUAUGCAAAUUCCUUCAGAGGAGUGCUGGAUGUGGAUCACGCUCUCAGUUGUUCCACCCUCAGAGACUUUGAAGAAGCUAUUUUCUGCUCCUCAGCUCAGAUCCAAGGAGGUCCCCCAUCUCCAGGAGGUUUUUUAAACAAUGGAUCUCCCUCCCUGAGGGGGAUGGCACCCUCAGUGGCUUGGACACUGGGUGAAAGGGCUUACCCACCCAAGGACUGGGAGAGCUACUGGUGGAGGAAUGAACCUCUAAGAGAUGCAGAUGAGGUAGCAGUUCCUGUACUCUGUAUCUGCAGCAGUGAUGACCCUCUCCUCUCGCCUGCCUCCACUCUUCCCUUUUCCCUUUUCCUGAGCAAUCCCUACUUCCUCCUGGUGCUGACAGACAGAGGAGGGCACUGUGGGUUCAGUAUGGAGGGCAGUGAGCAGAUGGAGGAAAGUGAAGAAAGGUGGAGUCAUAUCACAGUUCUGGAGUACUUCAGAGUGGUGGCGGAUUUUCUGAAGAAGGAUGGAGCGAGCUGGACUAGCCCAGUAGAGACUGGACCGAGGAGCAGGAUGAACACCAUGGCCCACCGUAGGAAGAAAGGCACCAUGUUGAGGAGACUGAGACCACAGCAGUUUGAACAGAGCAGUCAGGAUGAUGUAGAUGGAGGGAAUUUCACCUGGAAAAGAUCCUAUACACGUUGAGGAGGACACAGAGGAUGAGAGUUUCAGGAAAUUUCAUUAGCUUUGGAAAUUUGAAGGGUUUUCUUCAUUGUCGAUUUAUAAUAAACUGGACAAUUAGGAUGAUGAAAGGAUGUUUUAGCCAAAUGAACUGAACUGAUA